AUGAAGGGGGUGACAACAAGCCCGCAGCGGGGGAAGCCCGCAUCAGCCAAGCGACGUGCGAGGCAGACGCUGGUGUCCUCGCUUCUGCUGGUGCUUGGCGUGUGCUAUGUGGCAAGCUACAGGUGGAAGGCCAAGAAAAUUGACGCAGAGCUACGGAAUCUGGAUGAGGAGGCGUCUGUGCAAGAUUUAGAAGGCGAGCAGCGGCUGGGGCGGGGCGUCGCCGCCGCCUGCAGCCAGCCGCCGCUGGUCAGCUCGUGGGCGCUAGCUGGGGAGCGGGCCUCGUGGCGCCAUGCGCCCAAGUACUCCACCCACACCUGCAUCUCACAGAAGUUCUACGACAACUACCACCAGGCCACAUGCAAGUUUGACAACGUGUGCAUCAACGCCAGCACCCGGCAGUUUGAAUACUACGUGGACCCAGCCUAUUCAGGAGUGGUGGACUGGGGAAUAGGCAACCCGGUGGCGUUUGACCAGAGCGGCAACCCGCAGGAGGACUUUCCCCCCACCAUGGUCAACCCGGGCCACGCACGCAUCGACACCAGCGUCAGCUGGGCGCCGGUUGUGAAGCGGCGGCAGUUCCCGCGGCCGGGUGCGCGCGUCAAGUGGGCUGCCUCCGACCAGGGCCUGCUGCACGCCUUCCCGCCGCCCCUGCUGUGGAACUUUGGGCACGUCAUGUUUGAUGUGAUGGUGCCCAUCUUCAACAUGCAGCACCAGUUUGGCCUGUACGACCCCGCCGCACAGAUCCUCAUCCCCUUUGCCGUCAACGGCUCCGACGACGACCUGCGCUACUGGCUGCCCAAGCUGGUCAACACGCGCAAGCCCGAGAAGAGCGUGCUGCGGCUGACGCACGACCACGAGGCGGCGUGGGUGGGAGAGUACGCGGCGGCGGCGCUGGGGGACUCCCGGGACGGCCUGGUGUGCUUCAAGACGCUGCUGGCGGGUACGGGCAACCUGAACCGGCAGCAGGCGGAUGUGGACUCGCUGCCGUACCGUCAGGCGGUAGUGCACCACCUGGGCAUACCAGACCUGCCGCACAAGAAGCCAGUCAUCACCAUCCUCAACAAGAAGGCGCGCCGAGCUGCUCGCCAACACGUCCAGCUCAUGGCCGACACCAGCAUCCUCAUCACGCCCUGCGGCGGCCUAGCCACGGUGCUGACCUUCCUGCCGCCGCAGUCCACAGCCAUCGUGCUCAACUAUUGGAACACGCUGCUCAACCGUAGCCUGCAGAUGGAGGACAACUACUACCAGCACAUGGAGUAUCUGGACUUCCAGUACAUGCCCGUCACACCGCAGGACUACGAGGCAACCACCGACCGGCCCGAGUGCGAGCUGGUGGAGGGCGGGGGGCGGCUGGAGGACUCGCACUACGGCCUGCUGGGCUCCCUGGUGCACUGCAACCUGAUGUUCCGGGAGGCGGGCCUGCAGCGCCUGCUCACGUAUGUGGACAAUGCCAUGCAGCGGUGGGCGGCGCGGCGGGGGCGGUUCGAUGUGCUGGCGGGGCCGCGCAAGGCAGGCCGCCAGGGGCAGGCAGGCAGGCGCGGCGGCCGCGGCGGCACCGAGGAGGAAUAG